CAGUGCGUCGUGUCGCAUGUGGAUGUUUUUUAGCUCAACACACGUGCAUACUGGCUACGACUACUAGCUAUACGUACCAGCCUGUGAUCGUGUGGCGUUGCAAUAGGGUCCAACAAAAAACAUGGCGAAGACAGACUCGACAAGGCGUAGUAAAAGACUAAGCAAAGUUGUCACCAAUGAAGUUGAAGAAAAAGAGGACAAUGUUGAAGGACAGACUGAGACUGUCUCUUUAAGCAAACAAAUAGUGGUAACAGAGGAGGAUGCUCCCAAGAAGGACCAAGAUGAACAAGAUUCUCAGAUGGACACUGUCAUUGAAGUAAAAGGAAGUGCGACCACAGUGGCUGUAUCCUGGGACAAGAAGAAUGAGGAUGGAGAAGUUGAGGAUGCAGAAAACAGACCUAAUGCAAGUGAUCAGAUGAUGGAUAGUGAAGAACUGAUCAUCUCUUUAGCUGAUGCAGUCGGCUCCACAGAGGACACUCCCAGUGAGAGUGUAGAGACAAAGAUGGAGCAAGAGAUGCAGGAAUCUGGAGACUCUCAGAUGGACAUCAUGGCUGGAAGUACAGCCACAGUAACUGUAACCUGGGACAAGGAGAAUGAGGAGGGAAAGAGCAAAGCUGUUAAUAAGGAAGCCAAUGGAGGUGAACAGAAGACUGUUGAAAAAACAACAGUAAAAGGGAAGCGCAAGGCAUGUGCUGCUGUUGAGACCUCCCCGUCAAAGAAAACGAAGCGCAUCAAUGACGGUUUCUGUCUUUAUGUUGGCAACCUGAACAACUCCAAAACAUUUGACGAAAUCAAAACUUCCUUAGCAAAUUACUUAAUGAAACAAAGUCUCCUGGUUCAAGACAUCCGAUUAGACCGGUCCAAAAAACAUGCAUUUGUAGAUUUGGCCUCCGAGAUGGACUUAACCAAAGGCUUGACGUUAAACGGAGAAAUGAUGGAUGAGAAGCCAUUGAGGAUCGCCAAAGCAAAGGUCAAAAGUGAAGACACAGUGAAGAUUAAAGCUCCAGCGGAGGACAAAAAGGCCAAAGAUAGCAGAUGUUUGUUUCUGAAAAACGUCCCAUACACCGCAACAAAAGAAGACAUUCUGAAAAGCUUCGGCAAGGCCAUCGCCGUUAGGUUUCCUGGUGGAACCGAAGGCCCAAAGAAAGGCAUUGCUUUUGUGGAGUUUCAAAAUAAAGCUACUGCUAAGAAAAUACAGCAGCGAAAACAAGAAGUAAAGAUCCAAGGCCGGAUUUUGAUCGUGGACCGUGUCGGAGAAAGAAAUGUGCCUGAAGUCCCCAAAGCUAAAGGCGACAAAGACAAGGCAGAAGCUGCAGCUCCUCCUCCAAAUGAGAGCUUAUUUGUGAGCAAUUUGCCUUUCAAUGUGAAUGAAAAAAACCUCAAGAAAGUUUUUCAGAAAGCUGUUAAAAUCCAAGUACCAAAAAAGCAAGGCAAAUCAAUAGGGUUUGCGUUUGUGGAGUUUGCAGCGGUGGCAGAUGCUGAAAAGGCCUUGCAGUCAUCCCAAAACCUGAAAAUCUUACAAAAGGAGAUCAGGGUGGAAUUCUCCAAAAAGCGAGCACAGUCGGAGAAGGCAAAAGUCCUAUCUAAAACCCUGAUCGUGAUGGGCCUUGCCGAGAAGACGACUGCAGAGACUCUGAAAGGGGCUUUUGAAGGGGCUUUCAGUGCAAGAGUCGCUGUAGAUAAAGAGACCGGAGUUUCAAAAAGGUUUGGUUUCGUGGACUUUGAGAGUGAAGACAAUUGCAAAGCUGUCAAAAAAGCCAUGGAGGACUGUGAGAUCGAUGGCAGCAAAGUGACUGUGGCUUAUGCAAAAGCCAAGGGUGUAAAAGGUCCACGAUGGCCCGCCAAGCCCCCACUGGCGCCCAGUGGACCGCCUGCAGGUCAGAAGGCCGGCAGAGGCCGUCGUAAAGCCAAAGGUAAAGGACGUGGAGCCGGCACGCCACAGGAUGCUGUUAAAGAAGUGGACAAGUUAUAAGAAUAUAUGUAGAAAUGUUCUCCCUGUUUUAUUAACAGACCUACAAGCGUGUACGAGCUCAAGAGUUUGAGUUUGGCUGAAUGGGGGUGUGGAAAUGUGUACAGUUGUUCUAGUCCUACAUGAUUGUAGGAUAUGUAGAGAUGUUCCAAUACCUUUUUUUUUUUUUUUUUUUUUUCUUUUCUUUCAUUCCCUAUUCCGAUACCUGAACUUGCGAAUUGGCCGAUAUCAAGUACCGAUCAGAUGUUGUAUGGCCUGGCUCGGGUUAAACCCUUUGUAAAACAUGAAAAAUCCAUUCAGUGAAUGAAUGCCAUAGAACUUAUUUAAGUAUCUAGUUUGACAGUCAGUCAUAACAGAAAACAAACAUAAAUCAACUACUUAGUUGUUUUUUUCGGGGGCUAAAUAUGUGAUCUUGGAUCCUUGCAUAGACUAGCUUACUCACUGAUACCAGCAUUUUAGGCAGUAUUGGAAGCUUUCCCCAUAUUGGUAUCGGAACAACUCUACAUGUGACACCUUGUCAUUUUUAUUUUAAAGUCAUAUUUUGUACUUUAAUCUAUGAACUUCAUAACUAUUAUGAAAACGUAUGAAAGCACCCUGACUUGUUAUCACAUGUUAGUUUUGUGAUGUGAAAAGUUGAUUUCAGAUUGAACCCUUUUUAUGUGAUGAUAAAUAUAUUUUCAAACCACA